UCAUUACUUCGCCGCUAUUCAUCUAUUCUUUGUAUCUCACGCUUGAUUUCUAUCUUGUGCUACUUUUCGCGAGGAAAAGUGAAUUACACUCACUGUCGGUGACUACACGAAGUAGUGAGAACGAAAGAUUAUGUCACGGGGAGAAAUUGAAAGAUAGAACAAUAGCUCGGACGAGGACCGAAGAAGUGUUCGCGUUUUAUCGUUCGCUCAAACGACCCCACUAAUCAUAUUAAAAUGUAAAAGCACUUUGUGCAGGCGCUAAUUGCAUUAUGAUAGACCGGUGUUACCCUGAAGUUAUUAAAAUUUUUUUUAUGGAUCAUCAUUCUAACGUCCGCAAUUAUAAAAGAAAAGAUGCCUCCUCACGAUACUCAAUGGCAAAGGUAGAGGAAACUACUGAAAAUUCAAGUUGUAAGAACUUAAAAAAAAUGUGAUAAAACCGAUAAAAAGAAUGAGAUCAAAACAAAUAUUACAUUUAUGUGACUUAGAGACGAGAAAAACUAAUUCAAAGUUUAGAGCACAAGCUAGAUUUAUAUUCUUCGUAUGAAUCAAACAUUCGAAUAAUGCCGAAGCAUUUCGCACGUGACGUAUAAAUUCAGUUUUAAUAUAUUUUCACCGGGUUAUCGAGACUCGCCCAUUUCCCGGGUCUCGUACCUUUUUUUUUCUCUCUCUCUCUUUUAGCCGUUAGCUACCGAAGCGUAAAAUUAAUAUAGGGCAUUUCCCUUUCACACGGAUUUUAAUAUGGGCUUGCGGGGCGUUCAAAGAAAUAUUAGGUGACCCGUUGUCGGGCUAUUACGUUUACGUAACUCACUUUGCGCGAAUUUUUAUUUCGCAGGUCGCGAAUCUGGAACGCGAUUAUUCGCCCGCGGACAGCACUUUGCUCUAUGAUUGUCGACGCACCGUCCGACCGCACUCGUUUCAUUCGCGUUACACCUUCGUGGAUUCGCGUGCUGUCAACAGAAGCUGUCAAGAACUUGUGGUGUCUGUCGAUUGCGUACCAGUUAAAGAGCCAGUUGGAACGGAUUGACGACGUUAACGCGCGUCCAAAAACGGGAGCAAAAUGUCCGAGUAUUGUGAAUACAUGUGGUGCGAUUCUGCACGAGGUCGUAGUAGCUUAGCCCGUAGCAUUUACGAAGACGGGGGCAGGUUUGAUAAGCGCGAUAAGAAGCUGGCCAUUAAGACUGUCAGAUCUAUACUUCGUCAAAUGCCGGAUGUAGACCUGGAGCAUUGUACGGACGAGUACAUCACGCGCUUCCUGCUCGCCCGGAAGUACCGCACGGAACAGGCGGCGGCCCUGAUAGCCGCCUACCAGGCGCAAAUAACGCACCGCCAGGAUAUCUUCGGCAAUCUCACCGCCCGGGACCCGGCGUUGCAGCGCGCCCUUCGCGCGGGUAUACCGGGUGUUCUGCCCGCACGUGACAGGAAAGGCAGAUGCGUGCUGGUUAUUUUAGCGUCGCAAUGGGAUCCCAUAGCCGUGCCCGCAUUAUCCGUUCAACGAGCCAUCUUCUUAGUUCUGGAGAUACUUAUUCAGGAUCCUCGAAAUCAGCAAUCCGGUUUCGUUGCCGUGGUAGACUGGAGCGGAUUCUCGUUACGGCAGGGUGGCGCACUGGGUGCAGCGGCUCUGCGAAACCUAAUAGCUGCUCUACGUGGGCGAUUUCCUGCUCGAUUCAAAGCGAUACAUUUCCUUUCGGCGCCGCUC